CCAUGCAUCAGCAGGCGGACUCUCAAUCACUGCGCCACCAGGGAAGCCCUAAAAAAACAUUUUGAUAUUUAUUACUGGUUGCCAACCAUGAAAGCUAUAUAUUCCCUAUUUAAUCACAGCUGUAGUUUUAAACCAACAAAAGCUCCACUAGAAGUCAAAGACAUAACCUCUUACCAUAGCCUCUCAGGGCACAUUUGUAGGGAAAAAUUGUUUUUUUCUAAGAGAUGAUCAUUUAUAUCCAAACUAAGAACAUAUAUACAAAAUCUUCCCAAUUUUGCUACUACGGAGAUUCGUAGUUUGUGCAAAUGUCUUGAGAUUUGCUUUCUGUAAAUCAUAACUUCUUCCAGGUCCCUACACCCUUAUUCUCUGUGUCAGGCCACAUCAAAAUACAUUGAGUUUUCCUAGUCACACUGUCUCAUGCUUUUGCACACGCUCUGCCUUCUGCCUCCAAUGCAAUUUUCCCUCCCCUUGUUUAUCUGACAAACUCCUACUUUCCUUCAAAGCUCAGGUCACGUCUUUUCAAUCGUGGCAGUUACCUUGAGCCAGCUAGCUGAGUCCUUUCACUGCGUUUUCAUGCUAUUGUUGCUUCUGCUUUCGUCUGUUACAGCAUCUGUCACACUGCAUUGCAGUUAUUUGUCUACAAUUAUUCGCCUGUACAUCUUUUCCCUCUUUUUUUGAGGCUAGGGGCCUUGUGUGUUGUGUUUACAGUUAUACUCUUUUUUAAAAAGAUUAUUUUGUUUUAUUUAUUUAUUUUUAUUUUUUGGCUGCACCUCCGGCAUGUGGGAUCCUAGUUCCCCAGCCAGGGACCAAACCUGCACCCCCUGCAUUGGAAGCGCGGAGUCUUAACCACUGGACCGCAAGGGAAGUCCCUACAGUUAUAAUCUUUUUUUUAAAUAUAAAUUUAUUUAUUUAUUUAUUAUUUAUGUUUGGUUGUGUUGGGUCUUCAUUGCUGCGCGCAGGCUUUCUCUAGUUGCGGCGAGCAGGGGCUACUCUACGUUGCGGUGCACGGGCUUCUCGUUGCAGUGGCUUCUCUUGUUGCGGACACAGGCUCUAGGUGCGUGGGCUUCAGUAGUUGUGGCAUGCAGGUUCAGUAGUUGUGGCUCACGGGCUCUAGAGCGCAGGCUCAGUAGUUGCAGUGCACCGGCUUAGUUGCUCCUAGGCAUGUGGGAUCUUCCCAGAGCAGAGAUCAAACCUGUGUCCCCUGCAUUGGCAGGUGGACUCUUAACCACCGAGCCACCAGGGAAGUCCCUCUUUAUCUUUAAAAUAGAGAAUUUGAGCUAUAUGAACUUUAAGCUUCUUCUAGCUUUGAGUCUAUCAUAAAAAUUUCAAUUCCAUAGCAUAUGGUAUAUACAAAUUCUAGCACUAUAGAGUUAAUAUAUUUAAAUAGAAUAAUACAGUACCUUAAUCUAUUUCUACUAGUUUGUACAAAAUUGCCCUUCUAUUUUAGAUAUGACCUUAUGGCAACAUUUGUCUUAAAAGAGCUUAUAUCUGGUGGGAAUGUAAAUUGAUAGCCACUAUGGAGAACAGUAUGGAGGUUCCUUAAAACACUAAAAAUAGAACUACCAUACGACCCAGCAAUCCCACUACUGGGCAUAUACCCUGAGAAAACCAUAAUUCAAAAAGAGUCAUGUACCACAAUGUUCACUGCAGCUCUACUUACAAUAGCCAGGACAUGGAAGCAACCUAAGUGUCCAUCGACAGAUGAAUGGAUAAAGAAGAUGUGGCACAUAUAUACAAUGGAAUAUUACUCAGCCAUAAAAAGAAACAAAAUUGAGUUAUUUGUAGUGAGGUGGAUGGACCUGGAGACUGUCAUACAGAGUGAACAUCUCUUCGCUGGAUGUCAUCUAACAAAUUCCCUGGAUCAUCUGGAUCAAAUAUGAUCUAUUAUCUGGUUGUAGGUGUCACAGUCAGUGCUGGUGGAUAUUAUACCUACAAGAGAAUCACAUCAGAGAAAGCCAAACACAGCGAUCGUAUAACGAAUUUGAAAGAAAAAACCAACGCAGAGUUACAUCCACUUCCAGGUGAAAAAGAGAACCUUGUGGGUGCCGAGGAAGCCAGUUCAGAAGCCCCCGAAGUACCUUCAGUGGAAGCUCCGGUGGUGGACGCUGCAGAGCUUCCCAGUGCUACAGUUGCCGUCAUCAAAGAGGCUUCCCCCUGUCCAGACGAUGCGGAGGCUGCUGCCGAGGAGACCGCUGCCGCUGGUGCUGAAACUGGGUCAGAGGUGACAGAUGCGGGGACGGGAGAAACCGCAGAGGUCAGCCCUGAAACCACGUCAGAGGUUACCAGCGCAGUUCGGGAUGAAGCUGUUGCCAUCGAUAGUGAUAAAGGUACAACCGAGAACGAAAGCUGUGGUGAAUAUGCUGAACUGGAAGAAAAUUCUCCAGUUGAGUCAGAAUCCUCUGCUGGGGCUGAUUUACAGGAAGAAGAAGCCAGUGUUUGUUCUGAGGCCGCCUCAGCCCAAGGCUCAUCUCAUGCUGAUUGACACGUGGGCAAAAAAUGCCACAGAGGGUCUGAUAGGUGUUUUUGUAGUUUCAGUAACCUUAGAUUUUAAAAAGGCUUCUUUUCUAGAAAAUGUUAGUGUACCUUGAGGAUUUGGGGUAUCUACUGAUAGAUUUCAGGAUCGAGAGAAUGGAGAUUUUGCGUGCUGAAUAGUUUUCUACUCUCUGGGAUCGGAAUAUGACAUGUAAAGAGCUUAAAGAGUUUCACCUGUGGAUUUAAAUUUUAUAUCAUAGGAAUUGAGCUAUCUAUACAACCUGCAUUCACUUUAAUUUUGCUAUAAUUUUACCUUUCUUUAAUGUAUGUAAAUCUAGAUUCUUGAGUUUUGAUUUGAACUCAUUUAAA